GUGAUGGGAGGUUUGAGUGGGGGGGGGGGGGUCUGUGUCCAAGCUGGGACGUCCCACUGGAAAAGUCUUGUGUGUGAAGUGGUGAAGCAGUUAGAUCGUCCCGGGCCCUGCACACAGCUGACUGCUCUCUGCUGAAAACUGAAGACUCUGAACAUGAGGAUGUGGAUCGUCUUCCUCCUCUGCCUGGCCGGACACGCCAUGGCUGCUCCUACUGAGGAGGAGCCCAUCGUGGAGGAGCCAGUGACUGAGGAGCCAGUGUUUGAGGAGACUGAGGUGGGAGCCAAUCCAGUGCAGGUCGAGGUUGGAGAGUUUGACGAGGCCAUCGAGGUCGUGGAAGACGUUGUUGCUGAGAAUCCCUGUCUGAACCACCACUGCAAGAAGGGCAAAGUGUGUGAGGUGGAUGAGAGCAACACCCCCAUGUGUGUGUGUCAGGACCCCUCCACCUGCCCCGUCGCUGAGGGAGAGUUCGAGCACGUCUGCGGCACCGACAACAAGACCUACGACACCUCCUGCCACUUCUUUGCCACCAAGUGCACCCUGGAGGGAACCAAGAAGGGCCACAAGCUGCACCUGGACUACAUCGGACCCUGCAAAUACCUGGAGCCCUGCAUGGACAACGAGCUGAACGAGUUCCCUCUGCGUAUGAGGGACUGGCUGAAGAACGUUCUGGUGACUCUGUACGAGCGCGAUGAGGACAACAACCUGCUGACUGAGAAACAGAAGCUCAGGGUGAAGAAGAUCUACGAGAACGAGAAGAGGCUGCAGGCUGGUGAUCACUCUCUGGACCUGCUGGCUCACGACUUUGAGAAGAAUUACAACAUGUACAUCUUCCCCGUCCACUGGCAGUUUGGACAGCUGGACCAGCACCCCGUCGACGGGUACCUGACCCACACAGAGCUGGCUCCCCUGCGCGCCCCCCUCAUUCCCAUGGAGCAUUGCACCACCCGCUUCUUCGAGCAGUGCGACGCCGACAACGACAAAUACAUUGCUCUGGAGGAGUGGGCCACCUGCUUCGGCAUCAAGGAGCAGGAUGUGGACAAAGACCUCAUCAUCUGAGCUCCUCUGACCUGCAGCAGCAGACACCUCCUAGUCGCUACUAACGGGACAAGGUGCUGAUCCCUAAGUUAAAAAUAAAAUCACAGUAACGGUGCUAAUUGCAAAUGAUUUUAUAUUUUGUUUUUAAUAAUGACCUUUCCUACCUAUACCACUAGAAAAGAUUCAGACAGAGAAACGUGCACAGUCUGUACUAACAUCACGUGUUCAUGCAUCUUUGAAUUCUCUUCCCAGUAAAACUAAAGACCUCUGAUGUAAAUGUCUGUUGUUGAUGCUAUGAUCUGUUCAGGGCUUUAAUUAGAGAUGGAUUUGAAACAUUAUCUCGAGGAGACGAAACUGUAAAGUCUAAAUAAAGUUUCUAAAUAAAUGCUCCCUCUGCUUGCUUUCUACUAAA